GUUAAUUCUCAGAGUGAAAAAAAAAAGAACUAUUACACGAUUUUUAACUACUACUUCAACUUCUCUGUGUAACGAAAACAACGUGAAAACCAUAAAAUGGAUCGAGUUGUGAAACCUAAAACCAAAGUGGGAAAACGUGCUUUAGAAAAAAAAGAACCCAAACUCAUUGAAAAUGAUAAGAAAACCAUCUUUGUACGUGGUACGAAUGCAAAUAGUAUUGUUCUUCAAGCCAUGAAAGACUUUGCUGCUCUCAAAAAACCACAUUGUGUCUUUUAUAACAGGAAGAAUGAAAUGAAACCAAUGGAAGAUCCAACGUCUUUGGAAUUCUUCUGUCAGAGAAGUGAUGCAUCUUUAUUUAUGUUUGGUUCACAUAACAAGAAGAGACCAAAUAAUCUUAUUGCUGGUCGAGUGUUUGAUUCGCAUAUCCUGGAUAUGUUUGAAUUGGGAAUUGAAGAUUUUAAAUCUCUGAAAGAUUAUAAGACUGCAAAAAUCGCAAGUGGCUGUAAGCCAAUGCUUUUGUUUACAGAAGGCUUUGAGGAUCAGCCUGAGUAUGAAAGAUUGAAGAAUUUUUUUAUAGACUUCUUUCGAGGACCUGUUGUUGAAUAUAUAAAUCUCCAGGGCUUAGAACAUUUACUAGUAUUUUCAGUUGUAAACGGAAAAAUACUGUUUAGAAGUUAUCGAGUUUCUCUGAAGAAAUCCGAUACCAAAUCUCCCAAUGUUGAAUUAGAAGAAAUCGGACCACAUAUGAACUUUACUCUUCGUAGAAACAAAUUAGCAUCCGAAGAUCUAUUCAAACGAGCUUGUAAAAAGCCUAAACAACUAAAGCCCAAGAAAGUAAAGAAUGUAAAGAAAGAUGUCUUUGGAUCAACUCAUGGCCGCAUUCAUAUGGAAAGACAAGAUUAUUCCAAGUUACAGACAAGGAAAAUGAAAGGUUUGAAAAAGAGGAAAUUCGAAAAGAAGCUUCUAAAGAAGGACUUAUCUGAACCUGCUGUUAAAAAACCAAAAGUUGAAACAACAGAUGCUAGGGAAACAAAUGAAGAAUCAGCAACGAACUGAAAAUCUUUUUCUGUAAGAUUAUUGUGUAAAAUAGUUUUAUAUGAAAUAAAAAAGUGUACAGAAAAUAUUA